ACACCUUUGAUCUCAUCCUUUGACUCAUCCUUUAGUGAUGAGUACGCCGGACACUCUCAACAUUCCGGAUCUCGAGGCUACGAUGCUUCCUCCGAAUGCAGAUGACUCUACUCGCAUAGACGCUACCGCGAGGGUAAUGUCAUCAAUAUCGAGCGGCGAACUGAAGAACGCGGCCGAGGAACCUGAUAGUAUACACCCUGGAGAAGAAAGUCGUGUUUCUGGGCAAGAUUCCGAUCCCGCCGCUCCGCCGCUCGUGACGAACGAGAGCACAUCUGCAUCCGAUGGGCGGCCUAAGCCAGUGCUCACAGAGACUGAUUCGUCCACCAUCUCCGCUGAUAGACGUCGGCACAAGAAGAAGUCGCCAGAUUUGUCAAACUUGGCAGACAAAGUUUGGGAGCGCGAGAAGGAGCGAGUCGAGAGGUGGCGAAACGAGAUAAACUCUUUGCUGACCUUCGCUGGUCUAUUCGCCGCAGUGAUCACUGGCUUCGGCGUUCAAUAUUACACCAUAUUGCAGCCUCCCGCUCCCGACUACAAUACCUACGUCCUGGAGUUCAUCUCUGCGCAGCUAGCAAGUCUCACCAACCAAUCCGAUGUCACUUCAUCGCAACCCUCUCUGGCUAGCGAAAUUUCCGGAUCACCUGCUGCUCCUAAAUAUGUUGCCGCACUAUGGUUCGCCGCGCUGGUGUGCGGUCUUGCUGCGGCAUCGAUCGCCAUCUCAGUGAACCAGUGGCUCAAUAACCUGUUGACCCCCGCUGGCUUGUCUGGAAGCGGGCCGCACGAGCGGCUGCGUGUGUGGAAUCUCCGUCACGAAACAUUCCAGAAGUGGCGGCUGGGAACGUUGGUCGACAUCCCAUCGGUCCUGCUGCAGAUUGCAGUUGUCCUAUUCCUCCUGGGGCUCAUCGGCUACCUGUGGCAACUAAGCCACGCAGUUGCGAUACCGGCCAUGGUCCUCGUCAUCCUCCUCCUAUCAUUCCUGCUCAUCACAACCAUCAUACCGGUCUUCGUCGCAUACAGUCCCUUCGUCACGCCUCAGUCAACCUUCCUUCGCUGGAUCGCUACCUUCACGAAGCUAUCUGUUUACUUUCCGACAUUUCAAUUCUUUCGCUGGCUCUGGCUCAACAACGCGUAUGCUCCGAUUGAUGACGAUUUCCUUCGUCGCAUGAAGACUCGAUUUGAAGCACGGGUGGACGAUCUGCGCGCUCUCGGGAACCGCGGCCCCUACGGCUCGAUCGCGCAGGAGUCUGCGUAUCUACGCAGUGAAGCAGGUAGCGAGGUCGACAAGACAAUAAUCGCAAACGUGUUCUUCCUUGUCAAGGAUGUCAGCCCGUUGCUCUCGCUCAUCAAGGAAUACUUGAUAGAGAUGCCCCCCCACAUAGCGUCGAGCAACGUCCUUGCUCUAUGCAAGCGAUGCGAUGUCACUAGUAUUGGACAGACGACAGUUCGAGCGGACGAGGAUUCUGGAGAUGACGCCACAACCCAAUGGCAACGCGAUGCGCCUGACAAGGAUAUUCUUGUUGCCAUGGGCAUGGCUGUCGCAGACAGCUGUAGUACCUUGGGAAGGGAGCCUCCAAACCUGGAACUGGAUGAUCAUCUUGACGCAUUGGACUCAUUGCUCAGCGCCACGGAGGAAGACGAAGCCGGGUUCGCAGUAUAUAUGCGGCUCUUCGACCUUCUAGCAGACGAAUGCCUAAAUGACGUGGAAACACAGAAGAGGAUCUUGUAUCUCAUAUGGCGCUACGACAACGAUUUCUUUGUCAGUACGGAGGAUGAGAUGAAACGCGUUGAAGCCGCACGUGUAGCGAUCUAUAACAAAGCAGACCUCCUCGUGGUCUUUAUGUUCACAGCAUUGACAUUCAAGAUAGUGACUUGGCUGGGAGACUUGCAAUCCAAGCGAGCGCUCAUUCAAACCACACUCUCCCACUUCAGAGACUUCCUGAAGAACUGUCUCAAGACGAGUCAGAAACACGUGUCGCGAGACGCAAUCUCGGAAAUGCCUUGGUGGAGCGAUGGCUACAUGAAAACAUAUCCUUAUACUAUGCUGUUAUUCGACAACGAUCCCAGUGUACCAUCACCGAUCCAAGCCGAUACGCCGAUGCUCAUUGUGAUGAGCGAAGUGUUGCAACGCCUGCGCUUGUUGGUCGGUGAAGAGGAAUUCGAAGCAUACAAAAUCUUGUGGGCACCACGCAGUUUCGAUGAUGUACUGCAUGAGGUCAAUCAGCGUCUUCAGGAGGUAGGACAAACUAUUCCGACUCUCGAGCAUGAAGAGAGUGAUUACGCACAUAGAGACGAAGAGAAUGUAAUGCGGGAUGAUGAAGACACGGCCACGCAGAAUUCGACAUUCCAAUCUCGACUCGUGAACAGAAUUAGACGUCGAUUAGGAUGCACUCAUGAUCAAGACAGAGGAAUGGUCGAUCCCGAGAAAAGCCCUGGAAACCUGAAUGAGGCUGGAGGCUCUACGAUAGUCUCUCCCACAAAUGUCACGACUUCGGGGGUGCAGCCAUCGUUUCUCGAGAGGUCGCUGCAUAGACUACCUUCGAACGAUGGCUGACCAGUAUUUCAAAAACCAAUAUACACGCAGUUUUGAACAUAGACGGACAUGCAAGCAUGCACUUCGAGAGCACUGUCAACAAAUCAGAUUGAGAGACCAUCGUAUCCGUGAUCCGCCGUCGCUGUAACAAGAACUUAGUACAUUCAUACCGUUAUCGAGGUAAAUAUCCCGCGGCUUCACAGCUCGUCGACAGGCCGCCCGUGUGUCGUUGUGUCUUCGACUUGCUGUACUCUCAACUCCGGCUCUACGGCAGCCUCCGCCGCAGGGAGGUUAUCAAGCCACUUCUUGGCGAAGUGGUUGAACGUCGCGGGGUACUCUAGCUGCAACCAGUGUCCACCGGGCAUCAUCUGCACGACGGAGUUCGGCAGGAAAUCGGCGCCC